GAUAACUGAUGUUAUCAUGAAACGACAGAUAUUACAAUCAGAAGAUUACUUAUAUACUACUAUCAUCAACACUAAUAAUAGUAGUAAUAAUAAUAAUAGUAGUGAAGACGAAUAUGACAAAAAUGUCAAUGAAGUAGGUAAAGUUGAAUAUUGUUAUUAUAAUCUCUUUUCUAAAUCCCCUUGCCGUAUUUACACCAGUCAAAAUGAUGUUUACAAAAAAUCUACACCAAAGUAUACACCGCCUACUGUCAAUAUUUCGUCCAGUGAGGAUCAAAUGAAUUCAAUCAGUCGUUUGAAUGAAUCAAAUUCCAGUAUGAAUAAACAAUUUCAAGGUAAAAACCAAAAUCAGUUAAACUUUCAAAUAACCACUAAUAAUAACAAUACGGGUAAAUUAGAUUCCGUACCGUCUUCAGAUUUAGUCAGUGUAACUGACCAACAAUUUAAUGAUUCCGUUCUAUCCUUAUCAUCACCAUCGCCUAGAUUCCCUGAUAUGAUAAACUCGGGUGAUAAUAAAACGCAGUUCAGCAAUGAUUAUCCAGUUAACAAUUUUACCAAUAAAUUAGAAUUAAUUCAAAAGUUGAAAACUGAAAUCUCCCACUUAAAACAAGCAAAUUUACAUUUAGCUAUAGAAAUUGAUCACCUUGACUAUGAAUCAAAAACACUACAGUUUCAUUUAAACAAUCAAGGCGAAAAGAAUAAUCAAUUGAUUAAAGAGAAUAUGGAGUAUAUUUUACGUGUUACAGAAAAUCAAAGUUUACAACAAACUGUCGACAAAAUGAAACAACAGUUGAAUGAACUAAUGCAUAGAAUUAAUACUUUACGCUAUGAAAGACGUGAAUUCCGAGCGGAAUGUGUACGCAGUGAAUAUGAAACUCGUCAGUUGGUUGAAGAAAUCUCCCGACUAGAAUUAAAUCGGAAUAAAAAUCUUGAACAGUUAGAAUAUUUACGUUGUAAAAUAGAACAAAUGGAAAUAUUUCAAGAAGAUAUGCUGAAACAUAAACACUGGAUGAAAACAUGGCAAGAGAUAUCAGGUAUCAUGAAAGUGAUUGUACGAAUUAAGUCGUCUCUAACCUCACCUGCAACAACAGGAGAAUAUCAAACUGCAGAUACAAUCUCAAAAUUCCCUGUUGAAACUGGUUGUCUAGUAAUUACUAAUCAUGAUAAAUUAAACAUUUAUGCAAAUCGAAAGUAUAAAGCCUCAUCAACUGAAAUGUGUACAUUUGAAUUUAAUAAGAUUCUUCUACCGAAUACAUCUCAGUGUGAAGUAUACUUUACUGUAUCAAGUCAAAUUCAUCGUCUGUUAGAUGGAUACAAUGUGACAUUAUUAUGCUAUGGAGUUUGUGGUAGUGGUAAAACGCACACAUGUUGUGGUACACCUAAUGAUCCUGGAAUAGCCUCAUUCGCUGUGAAUGAAUUAAUCACAUUGGCUAAAAAUAGAAGUAUGCAUCAGAUGCGUAUUUAUGCUUCAUUUAUAGAAAUCUAUAAUGAACACAUUUAUUGUAUGCUAUCGAAACAACCAAUCAGUUUAAAAGAUACUGGUGAUAUGAUUCACAUAGAAGGCCAAAUUGAACAAUGCAUUCAAAGUAUACAUGACUUUAAUACACUAUUAUUUCAAAUUAUUUCAGAACGAAAGAAAUUACUGACACAAUCAUCAAAUUAUUAUAGUUCACGAUCACACUUUUUUAUAUUUAUUAAACUUGUCUUAGAGAAAUGCAAAAAUCAAAUAACUUCAGAAUAUUUAAGUACUUUAAUUAUAGGUGAUUUAGCAAACUAUACACUUUCAAAUUUUAAAAUUCCCUCCUCUGGCAAUAAUAAUAAUAACAACAAUACUUUAAUUAAACAAGAAAAUUAUCACAUUCAAAAAUCACUUGUAAUGUUAACAAAUAUUUUACAUGGAUUACGUAAACAAAAUUCAUUCAAUGUGUACCGUGGUUCAAAAUUAACAGAGUUGUUAAAGCCUUGUUUUAAUGGUGAUUCAUAUUUGACCUUGAUUUUAAAUAUCACUGAUAAUCCAGCUGAGGCAUACUUUACAAAUGCUGUUUUAGAAGUUGGUAAAUCACUAAUGUGUGCUAAUUUAAGCCGACCAAUAAAGCAUAAUAAAGCUAUUUAGAAUAUUAGAAAAAAAGUGGCCUGAUUAUUGCAUUAUAAAUGAUGUCGGCGAUGAGAAAUUUUCAUUUUAAAAUAAUAAUAAUCUGGUGAGGAAUUUGUAUAUUUCUAUUUUUAGAAAAGAAAAAGAAAACUAACCACACACACACUUGAAAUCUAGAAGGUUGAAACAAACG